GUGAUAUUUACUUAUAUAGACAUAGGUGAUAUAUAGAUAUUCAUACAGUAUAUACACAGAUAAAGUCCAGCAGACACACAUACAUUCACACGGGGACAAAUACAUAGACUGAAAGAACAUCAAGAACCAACACCCACACAAACUCCCAGAGGCAGCCAUGAGGUUUAUAGUGGUGCUAGGAGGCCUAACUAUCCUGAUCUCCAUGGGCCUGGCCCUGAUUGUCUUUGGCCAGCACCUGACGGAAGCCAACCUGACCCUGCAGAACCUGCAUCUGGAUCAGAGGGUGCGGGCACGCGCCAACCAAUUCAAGGAGAGGCAGUGGCUGGAAAACCUGCUGAAGGGGCAGCUAGACUGGAAGAAGAAGAAUGUGGAGGAGAUGGAGGCCGAGGUGAACAAGCUGACCGAAGAGGAGGGGAAGAAGAAGACUGAGGUCGAGGCCUGCCAGGCAGACAAGGUGAGAGACAGAUAAUUACUGUUCUAUACAUACUAGACAGACCUGGGUUGAAUACUGUACAUAUAGACCAUUGGUGUACUAUAAAGACCAUGACUGCCCAACACUCUUCAUGGAGAUCUACUGUCCUGUUCGUUUUCAGUCCAACCCUAAACUAACAUACCUAAUUCAGCUAGAUAAGGCAUUGGUGAGCAGCUAAAAGUAGAAUCAGGUGUGCUAAAUUAGGGUUGGAGCGAAAACCUGCAUGACAGUAUCUCUCCAGGAACAGGGUUGGGCUGCCCUGCACUGGACAGACCUGGGUCAAAUACUGCACAUGCAGGUAUGUCAAAUAAUGGAGAUGUUCUUGAUUUUGUUUUCCUGGUACAAUGGAUCAAAUGGAAUUGUCCCAAAAGUGUAAACCCCAAGCAUUGAACAGUGAUGACAAUGGCUUGGGGCUGUGUAGCUUGGAACAUGGUGCACUAAACCAGAGCAAUCAAAAAAGCAAUUGAAAGUAUUUAACAUUUGACCAAGGUUGGUAUAUGGUGCUUGUCAACCCACUGGGCACACACUGGUUGAAUUAACAUUUUCCCCACGUAAUUUCAAUGAAAUGACGUCAAACAAACCUGGAAUAGACGUCGAAUUGACGUCUGUGCGCAGUGGGAAGUGCCGAGUAGAAAGAUUUGAAGGUCUCAGAUAAGGAUUUUUAGUAUGUACAGCAUACAGUAGGUGUAAAUGUAAUUUUUCCCCUUUACCUAUAUUUUGAGUUAUCUCUCACUUUCGGCACAAAGAAACAAAAGGAGGACGAACUUGGACCCAUACAGAAGGAGCAGAGUGAUAUUGAAGGUAUGUGAGUCUUUUCUAGUAGAGUUGUUAUUCCUGUAGCCACUUGUGCCACAAAGUGGUGUAAUCUGGUAGCAUGUCAGUCACUGUAGUAGAGUGCAUCUCUCUCUCUGGGUGCAUUUCUUCAGUGGCUUCCCUUUGCCUCUCUUCUCUGCUCUUCUCUUCUGAUCUCAUCUCCAUGUCUCGUCUCCUCAGCUACGUUCAAAACUGAAAAGGAGACUUGGACUGGGGAGAUCACCACUCUCAAACAGCAGUUGGAGCAGAGUAGCAAAGUGUGUUAUUUUGUAAAGGACUCAACAGACACAGUGUAAGUAGCAGAUUUGUAUUACCUAGAACAAUAGAACUGUACUGCUCUACUUUGGGUGAAACAUCAAAGAAAGUUUAUAAUGAUAAUAAAACCUUUUGUUUUCUCCAGGAAAUUAUGUCCACCCAAAGAAGGAGCAGCAAAAGCUGAAGCGGCCCCUGUACAAGGAGGUGAACCUGCCUCUGCAAAAGCUGAACCUGCCUCUGCAAAAGCUGAAGCGGCCCCUGUACAAGGAGGUGAACCUGCCUCUGCAAAAGCUGAACCUGCCUCUGCAAAAGCUGAAGCGGCCCCUGUACAAGCUGAAGCAUCCCCUGUAAAAGCUGAAGAGGCCCCUGCACAAGCUGAAGCAGCCCCUGUAAAAGCUGAAGAGGCCCCUGCACAAGCUGAAGCAGCCCCUGCACAAGCUGAAGCAGCCCCUGCACAAGCUUAA